AUGCAGAACCUUCGGUCUCAAAAUGACCGACCAGCAGUUAUUGAGCCGGCCCCUAAGCGCACCAGGAGACCGCGAGCGGCUCAAGCCUGCGACAGAUGCAGGUUGAAGAAGUAUAAGUGCGAUGAGCAAUACCCAUGUUUGCAUUGUAAGAGAAGCGAUCUGGCUUGUGUAUAUCUGGGCAAUUACCGCGAGCGGGAAAGCAGCCGGUCUGCAAACUACAUUACCGACCUCGAGAAGAAGGUCGAAGAACUUACGUCGAAGCUUCGUGAGGCAGAAGCCAGGAUCUCCUCUAAAGGUCCCACCCAACCAGCUGAAACGCCAUGCUCUUUUCGUACCACUUCCACACCACGGGAGAUAUCCAAGGUGCCCGAGCCAGAAGAAUCCACAGAGAGCGUAGAUGACGAAAUAAACGAGUUCAACCACCACACAAACGGCAUCGAGUUCCACGGCAGCACAUCAUCCGCCGCAAUCAUCGGCCACUUGAAAAAAGCCCGUGAGCUCAAGAGGAACGAACAGCGGCAUCCUCACACGACUAACAUAUCACUCAUAUCCACACUCCAUAACUCGAGUUUCUCACCAUCCUGCACAGCUGGACCGGAACAGCUGUUGUCAAUAGAACAGCAACAGCGAAACUACUACUUCGACCAAGCGCACAUCUUCAUGAAUGGGUAUUUCGAGAACCUGCACUUCAUCCACCCGUUCAUUGACAAAGAGAGCUUCCUCUCGCGGGCCAAUGAUCUUUGGUUUAAUCGGUCACGCACACCUGAGCCGAGCUUUGUCGCGCUGUAUCUGAGUGUUCUUUCGCUUGGGUGUUUGGUGCGCGUUUGGGAUGAAGGCACUAUCGCUGGAUUGAGCCGGUUCGAGUGGAGUCGGAAGCUAUUUGGGGAGGCGCAGGCUUAUUUGAAUCAUCUGCGGUUCUCCAAUGAUCUUGAGACUGUGCAGUGUUUGUUUAUGAUGGCGAAAGUGUGUCAAAAUGAACUUAACCCGAAUCUGGCGUAUAUGUAUCUCGGUCUUGCGGUGCGGACUUGUCUUUCUGCUGGCUUUAAUAGAGAGGUUCCGUUCCCAGGGGACACGAUGCAGCGUUCUGAGUGGAUUUCAAAGACGUGGUGGGGCAUCUUCUCAUUAGAGAUUGAAAUGAGCUUCUCAGUAGGCCGGCCAGACACACUCGGAAUGGACGAGUAUCACAAUCGCAGCAUCCCACCCCGGGACGACUCCGAGUUCGCCAUAAUCCCGUGGAUGAUCGACUUUUCACAGAUCAUCCGCCGGGUCUCGAUCCAGAUCUACCAUUCCCGCAUCUCAUUACAAGAAAAGCUUCAAUUAGCCCUGCAAAUUGAAAUGGAAAUGGAUCGCUGGGUAGCCAGAUUGCCAGAGCGAAUUCGGCCAGAUAUCGCCGGUCACAGCCAGUCUCGAAAUGCCCUGCGGGAUCCGAAAUGGGCACGGAGACAGCGGCUGGUAUUGGGGAUUCGAUACUACAAUGUGAGGAUGUUGCUGUUUCGGCCUUUUCUGAGUCACUUUCCGCGCACGCCUUCACGCGAACCGGAUGAAUUGGAUCAGGCUAUUGAUAAGUGUCUUGAGUCGGCGAUGAAGUCUCUCCAGAUUAUUCAUGAUAUCUAUUGCGUUCAUACCUUCUUCCGCUGUUGGUGGUAUAACACGACCUACGUGAUGUUUGCUACGUCUACCCUGCUGCUCCCAAUGUCCAAACUCGGUAUGUGCGAGGAGACUAUGCCUCUAUUGCGCUCUGCGGAACUAGGGGUUAAAAUAUUGGAAGCAAUGGAUGAGUCCGUGGUAGCCCGGAAGUCGGUUGAGAUCAUCAAGCAGUAUCUGAGGGAUUUUCGAGCUUCUGAAGGCUCGCAUUCACGGGGAGAGGAAGAAGCGCCCCCAGAUGAGGUGGUAGAAGGCCCCGAGAUACCAGAAUGGACAUAUGGCUUUGCAUUUCCAGAUUAUUCAUUCGAGGGAAUUUCUCGGCUGUUUGACGACAUCGGAGGACUUCCGAUGUUGGAUGAAUAG